AUGCCUGCUCCUCCUCCACCGCCUCCGCCGCCUCCGCCGCCGGGUAUGGGCGGCCCUCCACCGCCCCCUCCUCUUCCUGGAAACUCUCACCCUACGGCUCCGCCAAAGUCAGUCACCAAAGGUCGGGACGCUCUAUUAUCAGACAUUACAAAGGGCACCAAACUGAAGAAAGCUGUCACAAACGAUCGUUCGGCCCCAAUUCUAGGUAAACCCUCUGGAGCCGGUGCAGGUCCUAUAGCCGGAGCACCGCCAGUACCAGGAGGAAUUAAAGCACCUAGUGGUCUUGCACCCCCAGUUCCAAGUGGUAAUCGAGCUCGGAGUAACAGUGACACGGGAGGAGAUGGUACGGCCAGUGUUGGAGGCGCUCCACAGCUGGGAGGAUUGUUUGCAGGAGGAAUUCCAAAAUUGAAGAAAACAAGGGGAGGAAUUGAUACUGGUGCUGGCUUGGACGGCGCUCAUUCAGACUCGGAGACAACCCAACCAUCGGCGCCUCGACCACCUUCAAUACCUGCUCCUCCUACACCAGGUAUCAGGCCUCCCCCGCCACAGUCAACAGACUCUACGCUAGCAGUUCCAAGUCCGCUGGCUCAGUUGAAGAAAGUUCCUCCUAGACCACUGUCGAAACCCUCAUCCGUUGCGAAUCUUGCUAUUGGAAAACCACCACCACCUCCGCCGACAUCACGGAAAGUAAGUACAACUGUUCCUCCUCCUGCACCACCUCCCCCGCCACCGUCAAUAAAUCCAGCUCCUCCGGCUCCUCCACUUCCACCACCAACCAUUAGCCUGGCACCUCCAGCGCCUCCGCCGCCACCACCUCCUACAGCAAGCCCGGCUCCUCCCGCUCCGCCUCCGCCUCCACCACCGAGCAGUGCGGCACCUUCUUCAGCACCUCCUCCUCCUCCCGGACCGCCUUCGAGGUCUACACCACCGCCUCCACCUGGCCCACCUCCGCCACCAAGUUCGCAUCCAACAACGAACGGGGCUGGAUCUUCACUCGCAAUGAAAGCUGCUACCGCUGCAUUUGGUAGACACUCUUCUUAUGAAGCUCCUCCUUCUCCCUCAUCUCCAAUGUCACCGCCUCCAUCUCGACGAUUAUCUCAAUUACCAUCACGGUCGACAUUGGAUCCAAGUGCGUACACAUUAACCAAUGGAAGCUCACUUGGUUCUCCGGGUCGCUCAGGGUCUUUUAGAGUUGAAGACAAUCGAUGGAAAUUCCAAGAUGAAAGUCAGCUCCCUAUGCCUCGACAGUUUACUGGUGUUCCUAAAAAGUAUCGAGCAGGGAGGGGGAGUAGUGUUCCAUUUGAUCUCGCCAGCUUAGAAUGA